AUGGAGAGGCCGGAUCUCGAUCAGGAGCCGGUGCUCUCUGAGAUGACCUGCUGCUGUGGACGAAUUGACUGCGCGCUUCUGAAGAAAAACUGCUCCAUUCUAGAGACAGUUGAGAAGGAUGUCCAUACUGCUGCCCAACUUGGUCAGGCCCUGCUCGCUCGCCAUGAAGCAUAUAUGGCCGACGCAGAGAGGGAUCGUCUUAGUCUUUCGUCCAGGAUAGAGCAACUGGAGAUGGCGAAGCAGGAACUCGAGGCCGAGAAUGCCCUGAAAAUCGAAGAAAACAGGAACCUGCUCGACCAGCUCGAGUUGAUGAACAAUAGCGUCUCCGAAUCCGAUACCAAGAUCAAAUCUCUCGAAGCGAGCUUGCUAUCGUCGCAGCAGGCUGUACGAAGACUCGAGUCUGCCGUCCUACGAGCUGAAGAUGCGGAACGACAUAUUCAUCUACUCGAACUGGAACAAGAUGACCUAUACCACGAAUUGAGGUCGACCAAGGAGGAUGCUCGAUCGCAUGCUCAGCGUUGCAAGGAGGCGCAGCGUGGUAUUAUGGACAUGCAGGACCAGUUGGAGAGGAUGGAAGAAGAGGCCCGUGAGGAGCGUGAACGACAUGCCGAGGUUAUGGGACGAAUGGAGCGUCAGCGUAAAGUUGAGCAGCAGUUGAACACAGCUGCAGGUCGUCUCAAGGGUGCAGCUGCCUCUAAGACACUCCAGGAACCGAAGCCAGGUAAUCCCGUCGUGAACCACUUUGUCAGGGAUCUUCUGCAAGACAACGCCAACCUGCAAUUGGGUAUGGCUGAGCUGCGGGAGAUGCUUCUCAACUCCAACGACGAGAUACAAUCCCUGCGAGAACAGCUUCUCGAUCACCAACCUGUCGAAACAAGGAAUUCGACACUGAAGGACGAACUCGAGGCUUAUGAGCCACCGCCUACGCCUCGGUAUUCUCAAGAGCUUCACAUUCACCACCACUAUCACGUCACACCUAAGACCGACAAGGCAAAGGUCAGAAGAAAACGAGCAAGUCUCAACUCGAGUAUCUUCUCGCCCUCAUCAAGUUCCGGCACGUCAACACCUAGAUCCUCCGCUCGCUGGAGUCUGGGUCCUGCCUUGCCUAUCGCUUCCGUCAACACCAAAGAGACCAACUCUAUCAUAUCGGUGCCCAAGCAAAGAUGGUCCAUGCUUUCAGAGCAACCCUCCGAAUUUGCAUCGUCAGUCCCAAGUUCACCUCAGUCCAAUCAGCGAAAUUCUGUAUUCGACUCUGCUUUUGGCGACAGCGAUUACCCAACAUCACCGGCUACUAGCUUCGAUGCUAUGUCGCCCGCAUGGCGGACUCACCGUAAAGGACCGUCCGACAUUUCAGCUUUCAGUCUCCAAACACCUUCUCUCCAGCUUGACCCUGGUACACCGCCACGUCAAUUCAACGAUGAUGUGAUACAUGAAGAGGACGAGGAUGAGGGUGCAGAAGGCAUUUCUCGAAUCGAUACCCCAGACCUUCUUGGAAACACACCGUCGAUUGAUGAGAGCUCCGUUGUCGAAAGCUCAGAAGACAACAGAGACGAGUACAUGCCACGCCCAAGAAUCCACCGGGCUCUAUCACACGAGUCCAUCAUGUCUCUCAGCGGCGGUCUCGACAUCCACACUCUUAAGGCCCGACCAAGCCAACUCACCCUCCGACCCCUCGGUGGCGCUGAAGCUGUCGUUACGGGUGUAACAGCCCGGCCCACACUCGCCAGAGAUGAGUCCAAGCGAAGCUCCGCCGCCCUGCGAGACUCUUUCGCUGUUCUACCCACCGGCCGAAACGUUUCAAACCCACAAACCAGGCCUGGAUCGAACAGAUCCGCAUCGCCCGCUCCUUCGGACCACUCUACAGGAGGAAUAGGAAAGUGGGUUGGCUGGAGACCGUGGGCCUCAACAACAAGCGAAAACGCAACCCUCAAGCCUGCUGAGAAGGCCAAAGAUAAGAGUCUUAGUCGCUCGCCUGGUAUCAACCAGCCUGGUGCCAUUCCUGGAUUUCACCAGUACUGGGCGGCGCACAAGCGAAAGGGCGCACCGGCCCAGGUUACUACUGUGGCCGUUGACCACGACGCUCUGGUGGAAGGCUUGGAAGAGUAA